UACUGCAGCCGUCAGCAGGAGCAGCUCUUAUCCCACCAACUUAGUGAUAGUAUAUUAGUCCUUUUUUGUUAAUGUUACAUUGUUGAAAAGACAAGUUUAUUGUGAGGGAGCGAGCUAAGUGUGUCUCCUCGCAGCGGUGUCGUUAACGUGUUGCGUUGAGUUGGGAGGUAGCACACCUUGGCUAACGUUAGCUGACCGCAACAGCAACACCAACACGUCGGAGCUGCUAACGUGCAGUAUCAGCAGUCACUAAGGCAACGAUGAACAUCCUUCCGAAGAAGAGCUGGCACGUCCGCAACAAAGACAACGUCGCUCGCGUGCGGAAGGACGAGGCCCAAGCAGCAGAGGAGGAGCGCGAGGCCCAGCGUCGCGUGGAGCGUGCAGAGCAAGAGGCUCGUACAGAGUAUCUGAGAAGGAAAUCCCGAGCAGCUCUCCCUUCAGCAGGAGAAAAGAAGGAAGAAGAUGACAAUGAUGGAGACGAACGGAGUGGAGGAAGUGGAGUUCUGGAGCACCUCAAUCUUUUUCCCCUUGAGGAGUCCUCAGAGAAGAAGGGGAAUGAGGAGUAUCUCAAAGAGAAGAAAGAUGAACAGGAGAAGCAGGAACGAGCUAUCGGCUUGCUGGUGUCUCUAGGACCCCAACCAGGCACCGAAGUCACUCCGUGGUACAUGAAAACUGGCAAAGAAAAAGAAGAAAAGAAAAAAAAAGAAGAGAGAAAAGAAAAAGAACAGAAGAAGGGAAUAAGUGAAGAGGAGAAGCAGAAGAGAGAUCGCAGAUUGAAAGAUAGUUUAGACCCAUUGAAAGAAAUGAAGAAAGCGCUCGCUGUGAAGGACAGAAAAUACAACAACAGCAAGAAAAAGUACAACAGAGGAGCAGGGGAAAAGAGGAGCAGUGGAGAGAGCUCCAUAGAAAGGUUACGUGCUGAGCGCUUACAGAGGGAGGCUGAGGAAAGGAGGAGAACCCAGGCUCUGCUCGACCAGAGGAACGGCAAAAGGAAGGAGCCAGGGAAGGAGACAACUGAGAGGGAGAUGCCCUACAACAGUGCUUAUUUCCCAGAACUUGCCCGAAAGCGUCAAAGGCGGGAUCGAGACAGCUGGAGAGAUGAAAUAUUAAAAUCAUGAACUAUCUUUUAUUGGUCGAGUGUGAUCCGUGCUGGAUAGUCAGUGGACAAAUAUUGACAGCAGUUUUUCAAAAUGAAGCAAAUGUAAAAUGUCCAGAGGAAAGAAGGUAAGAUGGUAGGUUUAAAGCCACAUUAAGAACAUACUUUUAAAGCGGCUUGUGGGCCUCAUUUUCUUUUCAUUUUUGUUCACCCACAAGGUCAGAGGUCAGUUAAAGUUACCUUUAUCGCCUGCAGCGUUUCGCUCAUGAUCACGUCAGCGGGGCAGAUGGUUGUCAUCACAGGGGGCCUGAAGCUCUCCAUCAGCAGUAUUGUUUAUACUAAUGCUAAAAUUCAAAGAGAUUGAAGGGUGGUAGAAAAUCUGCACACACUGAAUUAAGAAGUCUUUCAGUAAAGACAAGAUAAACCGGAGAGUAAAGCUGAAACAAUUAGGCAAGAAAUCAAUUAGUUGAUGGCAGAAAAUGUAUAAUUUCACAAAUUUUCAAGGUGAAUUGCCAACAAUUCUCUACUUUCAGCUCUUCUUUGUCAUAUUUUACUUUAGCUGAACUUAUUUGGGUUUUGGACUUUUGGUAGGAUAAAACAAAACAUUUGAAGAUGUGUUAUAGGAAUCUCUACCAAAUGAACAUUUCUACAUUUUAUUUUUAAAAGUCAUAUCAACUUUUUCACAAACAUGGUUAUAAAUGUCACAGUAGGAAAUGCACAGGUAUAAAUAUGAAAUAACACUAGCUGAAUUCUCUUUAGUCCUAGUAUUUUGCAUGCUGGCUCACUGUCACGACUCACUGGGACAGAAGAUGGAACGAAGCCGUUGUAUAUUUUAUUAGGAACACCUGGGAGUCAAAAUGUCUGCUUUUCAAUUUCCUAUUGCAUCAUAUACCAACACCAAUAACCAACACAAAAGAUUGAUAUUAACUUGUUUUUUUUCAUCGCUGUAAAUUAUUUAAAAAAUAAAUGUGAAAAUCUCACAUAGCUGAAAUAAAAACUUUCACGAGUGAUAUAAUGUUCUGUUUUUUGUGGUGCUGAUAAGUUGUAUUGGGCUAUACAUAUAUUUAUUUUAUGUUGUGCUGCAGUCUCCAAAUUGGCCUUCGA